AUGGCAUUGAAUUCUGCAUUUCGAGAUUUCUCGACAUGGUUAAAGAUCCAUAGUAAUGCUUGUUGCAUUUGCUUUCCAGUUUUUUUGUUGCUUGAUCAGUCUGUUUUUCAGCAUUACAUCCAAGGACUGGAAUACUACAUUGUGAUUGUUAUUGAAGAUACCUACCACAAAUGGAUUAGAAAAAUCGGUUCUUUCAAUCAUUCCCUCUUUCAGACAGCAAAGAACAAGUUCAAUCCUUGCUUAACCAUAAAAGUAAAUAAAAAUCCAAGUUUAGGAGAUUUUGUUACAGUGCAAGAAGCCAUAAAUUCUCUACCAAUUAUCAAUAACUGUCGGGUGGUUAUCUCGGUUAGUGCAGGUAUUUACAGUGAGAAGAUUGAGGUUCCUGUGACCAUGGCUUACAUUAGCGUGGAAGGUGCCGGUGCAGACACAACCAUUAUCGAGUGGGACGACACGGCAGACCGGACCGGGCAGAAUGGGCAACCAUUGGGUACCUUGAAUUCUGCAACGUUUGCCAUUAAUUCGCCUUACUUCAUGGCAAAGAACAUCACCUUCAAGAAUAAAGCACCAUCACCACCCUCAGGUGCACUAGGAAAGCAAGCAGUGGCACUACGAAUCUCAGCAGACACGGCGGCUUUUAUAGGUUGCAAAUUUAUUGGAGCACAAGACACUCUUUUCGAUCACAAAGGCAGGCAUUACUUCAGGGACUGUUAUAUCCAAGGUUCUGUGGACUUCAUAUUUGGGAACGGUCGCUCCCUCUAUGAGAACUGCCAUCUGCAUGCCAUUACAAACAGCUACGGAGCCUUGACCGCCCAGAAGAGGGAGAGCUUGCUUGAGGAAACCGGCUUUUCCUUCAUCCACUGCAAGGUCACUGGGUCUGGUGCCCUUUACCUGGGCAGGGCAUGGGGCACUUUCUCUAGGGUUGUUUUUGCUUACACUUACAUGGACAGAAUCAUCACUCCUAGAGGAUGGUACGAUUGGGGAGAUAAGAAGAGGGAAAGGACUGUGUUUUACGGACAAUUCAAGUGUUCUGGACCAGGGGCUGAUUUUCGAGGGAGGGUGUCAUGGUCCAGGGAGCUCACCCCACAAGAGGCGGAACCAUUUAUUUCACUUGAUUUUAUCUACGGCAAUGAAUGGCUUACAGAAUUGUGAUAAUAUCCAAUGCGCACACUUCAAUCCUCAUAUCGUGGCUAUACUAGAUUUGAACAAAAUUUUAAAUCACUAGGACACUGCCUAACUGAAGUACUGACAAAGUCCACCCUGUAAACACCUACAGGACUACAAACAAGAAUU